UGAAAGAGUCUCCUUUAUUUCAUUCAUUCUUCCCGAUUUACGACAUAAAAAGAAAAUUAAGACACUCAAGCUUUUCUUUUCUUUAAAUAACACGCACAUUUUACUUGACCUUCUCUUACUGACAAAAGAACAUUUCAUCACUUCCCUCUUUCCCCUCCCGCUUUGACCAACUUCUCCCAAAACGAAUACGGACGACCAAUCUUUAACUUCCCAACCCAACUGAAAAUCCCCAUUUUUAUCACCAUUUGUCAUCUUCAUCCUAUCGUACAAAGGAGGAAACAACAAACAAACCAUAACAAAGUUCAAGACGUCCGAUAUGAGCAACAAAAGAAAUCAAACACAGGCGUUGGAUAGCCCAACCUCAAGCACAAGCAACGGCGAUGCUAGUCACUUAAACCACAAUGAUCAUUUUGACAAAAAAUUCAAGCAUGAUCACGGUGACGGCGACGAGGAUGAGGAUGAUGAUGACGAUGAGGAUGCUCCCAAAGGCGGAAAGCGUGCUGGCCGAAGAAAAAUCAAGAUUGAAUAUAUCGAAGACAAGAGUAGACGUCAUAUCACUUUUUCCAAACGCAAAUCGGGCAUCAUGAAGAAGGCGUAUGAGCUAAGCACACUCACUGGAACGCAGGUUCUGUUGCUGGUUGUCUCGGAAACAGGACUUGUCUACACCUUCACGACGCCAAAACUGCAACCUCUUGUCACAAAGGCCGAAGGCAAGAACUUAAUCCAAGCAUGCCUACAUGCUCCUGAUAAAGAAGCAACGCCUGAUGAUACACCAGCAGAGCGUGAAAGCUCAGAGCCUAGACAAGGAGGCGAGUAUGACGAUCGUACUAGUCCUCAGGGGAAUAACGCAUCAGGAUCAUCCCAACAAAAUCCAUCAUCACAAGCUUCGCCUCAACAACCUCAACAGUCAUAUCCUCCACAAUCAGGGCAGCAACAACAGCCAGGGGGGUACGGUAGUUCAUCAGCAAUGAGUGUACCAUCGUAUCCACACCCUUAUAGCCAUAUUCCAUUCCCUGCACAAUAUAAUUAUCCGUCCAAUAUGCAUUAUCAAAAUGGUCCCCCACCUCCUAAUGGAAAUCAAUACUGGUCAGGUCCUCCACCAGCAGCCUCCACAGGGGCGCAAGUAUCACCGCAGCAGUCAUCACCAACAAGUGCACCACAAGCUGUAGUAGCAGGAGGGAAAAGGAGGUCAUAAAAGUGGAAUGAACAAUUCUCCUAUGUGAAGGACUAGUUUUAUUUCGUGCU